GUUGACGUAAAAAAGAGAAGAAAAGUCCUAGGAUUUGAAAAGUAUAAGCCCCAGAGGGCGCUCAGAGCUAAGAAGAGACUUUCAAGAGAGAGAGAGAGAGAGAGAGAGAUCCACUCCCGCAUUUCCUGACUUCCAGGAUUGAAGUGAAGGAGUGAAGUUUUUCAAGCAUCCAAUCCAUGGCGUCCAGCUCCAGUCCUCAACGCCUCCUCCUUCUGUUAUCUCUCAUCAUUCUCUUCGCCUUUUGUUCCAUCUCAGAAUCAAGCCAGUUUUGCGAUGCUGGAAUUGGAUAUGGCGAGUCGUGUGGCGUUUCUUCGUCUUCGUCGCCCAAGUUGUUGAUCAAAGGCGGAACUGUAGUGAAUGCUCAUGAGAUGGAGGUCGCUGAUGUUUAUGUGGAGGAUGGAAUCAUUGUUGCUGUUAGGCCUAAUAUUAAGGUUGGUGAUGAUGUCACUGUGCUUGAUGCCACUGGAAAGUUUGUCAUGCCAGGAGGCAUUGAUCCUCAUACCCACCUAGACAUGGAGUUCAUGGGUUCAGGAACCAUUGAUGAUUUCUUCAGUGGUCAGGCUGCAGCGUUAGCUGGUGGAACAACAAUGCACAUCGACUUUGUUAUACCAGUUAAUGGAAGUUUAUUGUCAGGAUUAGAAGCUUAUGAAAAAAAGUCUAAGAAGUCCUGCAUGGCUUAUGGUUUCCAUAUGGCAAUUACAAAAUGGGAUGAAGUUGUUUCAAAAGAAAUGGAAAUAAUGGUCAAUGAGAAAGGUAUAAACUCUUUCAAGUUUUUCAUGGCAUACAAGGGGUCUUUUAUGAUCAAUGAUGAGCUUCUGCUACAAGCAUUCAAAAAGUGCAAGUCUCUUGGUGCGUUAGCUAUGGUUCAUGCAGAAAAUGGAGAUGCUGUAUAUGAAGGACAGAGAAGAAUGAUAGAACUUGGUAUUACUGGUCCAGAGGGACAUGCUCUUUCAAGGCCCCCAGUGCUGGAAGGAGAAGCAACUGCUCGAGCAAUUAAACUCGCAGGUUUUGUGAACACUCCCCUCUAUGUAGUUCACGUGAUGAGCAUUGAUGCUAUGGAAGAAAUUUCUAAAGCUCGCAAAUCAGGGCUGAAGGUUAUUGGAGAACCAGUAGUUUCUGGGUUAGUGCUGAAUGAUUCUUGGCUUUGGGAUCCUGACUUUAUCACUGCCGCUAAGUAUGUCAUGAGUCCCCCGAUAAGGGCCGCAGGACAUGGCAAAGCCCUUCAAGCUGCUCUUUCAAUGGGAACUCUGCAGCUUGUAGGAACCGAUCAUUGUACCUUCAACUCAACACAGAAAGCUCUUGGAAUUGAUGAUUUCCUGAAAAUUCCAAAUGGUGUCAAUGGUAUUGAGGAGAGGAUGCAUCUUGUAUGGGAUACAAUGGUGGAAUCUGGUCAAAUUUCUGUUACUGACUAUGUCCGGGUGACAAGUACUGAAUGUGCUAGGAUUUUCAAUAUAUAUCCGAGGAAGGGAGCAAUUCGUGCUGGUUCUGAUGCAGAUAUAAUUAUACUCAAUCCGAACUCAAGCUUUGACAUAAGUGCAAAGUCCCACCACUCUAGAUCUGAUACCAAUGUCUACGAGGGAUGGAGAGGGAAGGGAAAGGUUGAAGUGACCAUUUCUGGUGGAAGGGUUGUUUGGUUAAAUGAUGAGUUGAAGGUUUUUCCUGGUUCUGGCAAGUACGUAGAAAUGCGACCUUUCAGUUAUCUUUUCAAUGGAAUUGGCAAGGCAGAUGAAAGGUAUCUAUCUUCUCUUAAAGCCCCUGUAAAGCGUUUUAGAGCCACCACUUAAAAAGCUCAGGUACUUUCCUUUUCGACUAUUAUUAUUUAAACUUGAGGUGUAAAUGGACAUGAUGCUCCUGUAUAUAUGGCAAAUGGUUUGAAUAAUAAGAUCAAAGUUUCUAUUUUUGUUGUACCAUGUAUGUGAAUUCACUUUAAAGUCAAUAAAUAAUAUUCUUGUUGCAG